AUGGUCUUUGUGGUAGAUCUUGGUAUGAAUGACUUCAUACAAUUUUCCUUGGCCCUUUUGAAAGAAGAAAAGGGACAAUGCGGUUUGCGCCAUGUUUGUGGGCUGUUGCUAGCAUUAGCCCGGUGGAGAGCCUCGAUCCCCGCGGGGAGUCCCCGAAGGCUCCAUUUCAGAUGCCAAGAGCUUGUGCAUAUUUGUGUAUUCCGCUUGUUUCCCAUUGGCCAGCCCAGUGUCCCAACUCCUUCCUUGCCGAGCACCACAUUGAAGUCGAUGGCCUCCACCCUCUUGUCCUCGCCUCAGCCUUUACCUACUCAGCAGCCUGCUACCACAUCAACCCAAGAGCAUCAACAGGAGGCACAUCACUGUGACCAUGAGCUUCUCACCAACAGACCACAACGUCCCUCUCAAGUUAAUCUAUCAGGGGCUCACUCGAACACCAGUGUCACUCUGGAGGGGCACCAGUCUAGCCCUCAGGGCUUGACCGAUCCAUCUCAGCAAACUGUCUGCACCCAAUUUCUUCUCAAUCGGUUGACCCAACUCGAAGACUCUGGUCUUAAAUGCCAAGGUCUACCGAUCAGGUAUAGGGACCUUUCGGUCUUCAGCUCUAAGAUAGAUCAUGAGAUUGUCGAGAGUUUGCCUUGGGCAAUCUAUCGUAGCCUCAUUAGGCCAUUGGUAUUGGUCCACAAACUUUGGGUGUUAUCCAGCAGUAGUCUAUGGAGCUCGAAAUCAAAUGACCGCCAGCCAUCUGGGAAUCAGGCUCAGAUCCCCAUCCUCAGCAACAUCGAUGGGAUAAUCAAUCAGUCCGAGUUACUGCUGGUUCUUGCCCGACCCAGGGGUGGGAUGACAUCCCUCCUACGCGCCAUCUCACUCAACCAUGAGAGCUUCUCGGCAGUGACCGGGCAUCUCGACUUUGGGUCACUGCCGAGCGAGCGUCUCGAAUCUCUAGGCCUGAAACCGCUGGUCACGAUGAUCGAGGAAUAUGACGAACACUUGCCAUCUCUGAAUGUCCAAAAUACCUUGGGUCUUGCCGCAAAAUGUCGAACGCCAAGAUCUAGACCGCAUUGGAGGAGUCGCGCCGAAUGGGCAAGAUCAGAGGUUCUGAAUUGGUCCAAGGUCUUCGGAUUAUCAUCAACCACCCUAGAGACUUACAUCGGCUCAGAGGCCAUCCGAGGAGUCAGCGGCGGGGAACGCAGACGAGUGAGCAUCAUCGAAGGCCUUUUGACACGAUGUGCGGUCAUUUGCCUCGAUAAUGCCACCGCAGGUCUCGAUUCAGCCAAUUCUUACCACCUCGUCAAGUCCCUCAAAGAGUGGUGCAAGGUCGACCGAACCAGUGCGGCCAUCGGGCUGAGACAGGCCAGCGAUGGCCUCUAUAAUCUCUUUGACAAGGUCUCCGUACUCCACGAGGGUCAUCAGAUUUACUUCGGACCGACUUCCGAGGCCGUCCAAUACUUCCAAGAGCUCGGAUUUCUACAUUCUCCAAACCAGCCGAUCGCGGACUUUCUCUGCUCAGUGACCGACCCUUCGACAGCCAAGGCCCGCUCAGAGGCUGCUCAUGAGGUGCCUCAGACCCCAGCCGAGUUUAUUGCCGCUUUCAGACGCUCAAAGCACUUCUUCAAUCUCAAUCUAGAAAUGAUACAGUAUGACAGUCGCUACCCAUCGUCAGGAGCUGCCCAACACAUCAUCUACUCGGUGCCUGCCGAAAAAGAUGCUUUUGUCCGGGCAAGGUCGCCUUGGACGAGCAAUUACUUCCGACAACUAGCUUAUCUCACUUCACGCCAAUAUGCCUUGAUUAGAGCCGAUCUCAGGCCAUACAUCACCAAGACAAUGAUCAACUUAGUAUUAUCCGUGAUCAUCGGAACGUUAUUCUAUCAGCUACCCAAGACGACUGAGGCAGCUUUUUCGAGAGGCUCGGUCCUGUUCCUCUCGGUCUUGUUCAAUGGAUACCUCCAGCUUUCCGAAUUGGGUAACACUCUGAUGGGCAGACAGAUCACUCAGAGACAUGGAAAAUUCGGGCUUUACUCCCCCGGUGCCCUGGCGCUUGCACGAACGUUAGGCGACAUACCGUUGAUCACUGCUCAAGUGUUGAUGUUUGCUAGUAUCACUUAUGGACUUGCUGGAUUGCAAAGAGAUCCUGUUCGCUUUGGAAUUUAUAUACUACUGGUCGAUGCAACAGCGAUUAACCUAACAGCAGUAUUUAGGAUGCUUGCCGCAGUGUCAUCCACAUUUGAUGAAGCCAUGAGAUACUGUGGAGUAGUGCUUAAUCUAUUUGUUAUCUUUGGAGGAUACUUCAUCCCUACACCUUCAAUGGGAUCAAAGCUCAAGUGGAUCCGGUAUUACCUGGAUCCCAUCUCCCAUGCAUUUGAUGCGGUACUUUCAAACGAGUUCCACGGCUUAGAGCUUUCAUGUUCUCCUCAGCACAUCGUACCUCGUGGGCCAUCCUACACUGAUCCCACCUACCAAACAUGUUCAACACUGGGCUCCAGGCCCAAUUCCUUGGUAGUAUCAGGAGACGAUUAUUUAUUUCAAUCAUACGGAUUCGAGUACCGUCAUCUGUGGUAUAAUUUGGGCAUGAUCAUCGGCUCGAGUGUGAUAAUCUUAGUGCUCAGUGUAUUUUUCACAGAAUACCUCUGUUUCACCAAGUUCGGAUCAACCAGACUGUUCAGAAAUUCAGCUUCGGUUAGGAAGAGGCUGCGAUGGAUGAAGAAGACGCUCCAACGAGAUGGCGAAAGCACAGAAGAGGGCAUCGUGGUCGAUCGACAAACACUUAGCGAAAGAAUGCAACUUGCGAACAAGGUUUGCUCUCCGGAUGAAGAACCCUCGGGUCCAGCCCAGUUUGAAUCAGCAGUGUUGACGUUCAGGGAGCUGAAAUUGUGUGUCAAAGACCGAAUUCAACCACGAAUUCUUUUAAAUGAAGUCACCGGUUACUUCCAACCAGGUGAAUUGACCGCACUCAUGGGAGAAUCCGGAUCGGGGAAGACCACUCUGUUAAACGCCUUGGCCGGACGAGCCAGUUAUGCUCACAUGUCCGGAGAGUUAUUGCUUGAUGGCAGGCUACCAACCGCUGACAGCUAUCGAUCGAUUGGAUAUGUUGAACAAACAGACUGUCAUGAUGAAUACGCGACGGUCCGAGAGGCCCUGGAGUUGUCUGCUCUCUUAAGACAACCCAAAUCAAUCCCUCGAUGGGCCAAGCUGGCGGAUGUGGACCGGAUCAUCGGAUGGCUCGGCCUGAAAGAGCUGGAGGAUGCUAUAAUUGGGACCCCCAGUGCGGGAUUAUGUUUAGAAGAUCGCAAGAAACUCAGUAUCGCCGUCGAACUUGUGGCCCGACCCAAGAUUUUGUGCUUGGACGAACCCGUUAGUGGGAUGGACUCUCAAUCCGCAACGCAUAUCAUCCAUCUCCUCCACAGACUGGCCUCCCAAUUCAACCUGACCGUCGUCGUCACCGUGCAUCAACCUUCAGUGGAAAUAUUCGAGAGCUUCGACCGACUGAUCCUCCUGCAGAAGGGCGGCAAUCUGGCCUAUUUUGGCCCCCGAGAUCGGGCAGUGGCUUACUUCGAAGCCCAAUCUUCUCGACAAUACACAUCCAUCGAACAUCCUGCAGAAUAUUUGAUCGACUCAAUGAGAAAAUCACAUGAAGAACAAGAUCGGAUUAUUGAUGGAGUUGUGCUGUCCGAAUGGCGCUCGUCUUCUGAGCAUCAAGCGACGGUGGAGAGAAUUGAGCAAUUAAAUUCAGAGGCAUUCAGCCUCGACCAAUCGAUUUUCAACAACCAAAGAGGAGGAGUGAUAUACACGGAAAUCAAGGAGCUUACCAAGCGAUUUUCGAGACACUUUUGGCGAGAUAGUUCGUUUGGAUUCACUCAAAUCUUCACCGCGACCGCGGUUUCAGUCUUGAUCGGAUUAAGUUUCUUCCAGCAAGCUUCAUCAUCUUCAUCAUUUUCGACCGCUCGACCUCUUUCGGUUUUGAUGGACAGCACCAGAAAGACAAGCUUGAUGGGCCUUCAAAACCAAGUCUUCAGCGUCUUCUUGAUCCUCUUCCUUCCCCCGGUUUUCAUGAACCAAUUGAUCGCCAAAUGGUUUCAGUUUAAGUCGAUCUAUGAAACCCGCGAGAAGCUCUCGGGCUCAUAUCGCGAAAUCAGUCUGGUCAUCGGCUUCUUCCUUGCCGAGUUGCCUUAUAGCAUCCUCUCUGGAUUGAUCUUUUGGACGAUUUGGUUCUUCUGUCUUGGCUUCAGAAUCGAAUUAGAAUCGAUUGGUUUUAGUCUUCUGGCCGUGCAAUUGUUCUUUUUCUUCCAGAUGACAUGGGCGAUUUGGAUCGCUGCGUUAGCUCCAACGAUCGGCAUCGUGGCUAAUCUUUUACCAUUCUUUUUGGUAUCCAUGGAAGCUUUUAACGGCAGUUUACUACCAUAUGAUCAAAUGCCGAAAUAUUGGAGGUGGAUGUAUUGGGUUUCACCGUUCCAAUGGUACGUCAAGUCGGUACUUUCCAUGGUCCUACAUGGCCAAAUGGUCACCUGUCAACCCGGUGAAUCAGUCCAAUUCCUGGCACCCAAUUCCACCAGUUGUGAGGAAUACUCUCGGGAGUUUAUCCGAGCCCACAGCGGAUACUUGAUGAGCGCGAUCGACAUUAGUGAACAAGCUCAAACCACGCAGAGUUGUGGAUACUGUGGAUACUCGACAGGGGAUGAAUUUUUAUCUGACCGAUUCAAGACUAACUUCGAACAGAGUUAUCAAUCCUUGAAGGUCUUCGGGAUCUAUUGUCUCGUCAACUUCCUCCUCAUCUUCCUAUUCAUCAUCCCCAAAUCCGGCGGGAUCUCCCGCUUCAACCUUGCCAAGAACCUCAAAACGAUUCACCAUAAUCGGUCAUAA